CCAAAUUCAACAAACAGCUUUAGCAAAAACCGAGGCUUUUAUUAUGAAGUACGCUCCAAGUUUCCGCAUACGAACUACAGUCGGAUUUUCUUAUUGAAAGUUGCGAAGAGAUCUGAUUAGAUUAGCAUUAGUGCAACUUUAAACGACGUACGGUCCCAGAAAGUGUGUCGCAAUAGCCUCAGAUACACGCAUUGCGUUACAUUACAUUACACUGCAGUUCAGGGGUUUGCCGGAGGGAAGUACAAGGCUGUGCAGGGGUGGGACAGUCAGUCAAAGUUUCGACAGGACGUUUUCUGAGCAGAGAGGAGCGGUGUCUUUUAAUCUCGAAUUAAACUCUUCGUGUAGCGUCCACCAUGUUCAGCUGGUCGAAUAGAGAUGGUAAGAAAGACCCAGAACUUUUCCAAAACGUGUCCGAUGGACUGAAGCGCCUUUACCGCACCAAACUCUUCCCUCUGGAGGACACCUAUCAUUUCCAUGACUUCCAUUCACCGGCGCUGGAAGAUGCGGAUUUUGACAACAAACCCAUGGUGCUGCUGGUGGGACAGUACUCGACCGGGAAGACCACCUUCAUCAGGCAUUUAAUGGAGCAGGAUUUCCCCGGGAUGAGGAUAGGCCCCGAGCCCACGACGGAUUCCUUCAUAGCGGUUAUGCACGGUGAGCAAGAAGGCGUCAUACCUGGUAACGCGCUGGUGGUGGAUCCGAAAAAGCCUUUCCGAAAACUCAACGCAUUUGGCAACGCUUUCCUCAACAGGUUUAUGUGUGCACAGUUAAACAACCCGGUACUAGAGAGCAUCAGUAUCAUCGAUACUCCAGGCAUCUUGUCAGGGGAGAAACAGAGGAUCAGCAGAGGCUAUGAUUUUGCUGCUGUUCUGGAGUGGUUUGCGGAGCGCGUGGACCGAAUCAUCCUGCUCUUCGACGCCCACAAGCUGGACAUUUCGGAUGAGUUUUCAGAGGUGAUCAAGGCCCUGAAGAACCACGAGGACAAGAUGCGCGUGGUGCUGAAUAAAGCGGAUCAGAUCAGCACACAGCAGCUCAUGAGGGUUUAUGGAGCCCUCAUGUGGUCACUGGGGAAGAUCAUAAACACUCCUGAGGUGGUGCGGGUUUAUAUCGGCUCCUUCUGGGCUCAGCCGCUGCUCAUCGCUGAUAACAGGAAGCUGUUUGAAGCUGAAGAGCAGGAUCUUUUCCAGGAUAUUCAGAGUCUGCCGAGAAACGCAGCUCUGAGGAAACUCAACGAUCUGAUCAAAAGAGCACGUCUUGCAAAGGUACAUGCUUACAUUAUCAGUGCUCUGAAGAAAGAGAUGCCGAGCGUGUUUGGCAAAGACUCAAAGAAGAAAGAACUUAUUAACAACUUGGGCGCUAUAUAUGAAAAGAUCCAGAAGGAGCACAACAUUUCUCCAGGAGACUUCCCAAACCUAAAGAAAAUGCAGGAGUUGCUAUCUGUUCAGGACUUCACCAAAUUCCCUGCCAUAAAGCCCAAACUUCUGGAGUCGGUGGAAGACAUGCUUGGUAACGACAUCGCUAAGCUCAUGGCGCUGGUACGUAAAGAGGAGGCCACCAUGCCUAGCCAAUCAGUGAAGGGCGGUGCUUUUGAAGGAAUCUCAAACGGCCCGUUCGGUCAUGGGUACGGAGAAGGCGCCGGCGAAGGCAUCGACGAGCUGGAGUGGAUCGUGGGUCGCGACAAGCCAUCCUACGACGAAAUCUUCUACACCCUCUCGCCAAUCAAUGGGAAGAUCUCAGGAGCUACGGCUAAGAAGGAAAUGAUGAAGUCCAAGCUGCCCAACACGGUGUUGGGAAAGAUCUGGACUCUGGCCGACGUAGAUAAAGAUGGAUACCUGGAUGACGAGGAGUUCGCGCUAGCCAAUCACCUGAUCAAGGUAAAGCUGGAGGGGUUUGAGCUCCCGGCUAAACUUCCCAAUCAUCUCGUGCCUCCAUCCAAAAGGCAAGAGCAGAAUUGAGGAUUUCAGUGGCUUGAGCUUCAUUCCAAAAGUGCCCAAACCGCAUCGCUAGCUAGGUUUUUUUAUUGAAGGAAAAGAAAAUUGACAUACAAUACGACAUUAAUCAUUACAGUUUCCUUCUGUUUUAACCCAAGCACCACUCGCAGGACCUAAACAUCCCAAGGCAGCUUAAAACAGUGUUUCCCAAGCCUGUUCCUGAAGGCACACCAACAUUACACAUUUUCAACCCUUCCCUAAUCAAACACACCACAACCAACUCAUCCGAACAUAAGAGACUCCAAAACCUGAAGUUAAUAGGUCAGAUAAGGCAGACAUCCAAAAUAUGUGCUGUUGGUGUGCUUUCAGGAACAUGGUUGGGAAACAUUGGCUCAAUACAAUAAUUACGGUCAAAUAUUGUAAUUUUAAUGGAAAAUAAUAACAAAUGGCAUGGAAGAAGCAGGUGGAAGAAGAAAAAAAAUAAUAAUAAAAUCAAAUUUGCAGGACUACAAACUACAUUAAAGACAAAACACAAUGAAGCGGACACAAAGAGAUUAUUUAACAGCUGGGAAAUUCCUCCAGAUUUGCAAAAUAUGAUAAAAUAGGUUCCUCCGCUAUCUAGUUUUGACCAUACUUUUGACCAAUGUUCUCCAACUCAAUUCCUGGAGGGCCGCAGCUCUGCAUAGUUUAGCUCCAACCACCCCCAACUCACACCUGCUUAAUAGUCUCUAGUAGUCUAGAACACCUUGAUUAGUUGGAUCAGCUGUGUUUGAUUAGGGUUGAUGGAAAACUGCAGAGCUGCGGCCCUUCAGGAAUCCAGUUUGAGAUCUAUGCUUUUGAAUAACCGGUGAGCAGGAGCGGGUUUUCUGUUUUAAAUGCGUAGAUUUGUAGGCAAUGGAAAUAUGCUUUGGCUGAGAAUGAUUGGACUGAGACCAUGAACUAAUGUGCCAGUGACAGACUUUCUUUCUUCUCUUGUUAAGUUUUAGAAAUGGAGAAACCACUAUAAUAGCGCUGAAUGAAUUUAAUUAAUUGCAGAACUUACUUGUGGUACUGUUUAUUGGGCAUUGAGAGCGAGGAGAUUUUGAGGAUGUUAAGGGGGGUGUUUAAUUUACAAAUAAGUAUAAUGUGAAAAUAAAUAUUCCAUUUAUGCCAUAUAGGUCUCAAACUCAAUUCCUGGAGGGCCGCAGCUCUGCACAGCUCCAACACUAAUCAAACACAGCUGAUGUAGUAGUGUUUAGUAGUCUUGAACACCUUCAUUACUUCGAUCAGUUGUGUUUGAUUAGGGUUGGAGGAAAACUGUGCAGAGCUGUGGUCCUCCAGGAGUUUGAGACCUAUGAUUAUGCUCUAUGACUCCAAAUAUUAUUGCUUUUUUUGGGCAAUACUUCCUUAACUUAUUCUAUUCCUUGAUAGCAAUUUUAUCUGUUGCGUAUUUUCAAUUUUGAAAAUGUAAUGUUGAAUGUAUUCUCUUGAUUUAAUUUCUUAAGGGUGUAUCUGUACUUUCCUUUGGGAGCUUGUGAUUUGAAAUCCUCAUCUUGAAUGCAGCGAUUAUGUUGACCAAUAAAAGAGUUUAUUUGUAA